ACGACGAUUUUCCCAUUCAAAGUACUCACAUGUUGCCAGUCUUCAUUUCGCCCACUUUUUCGUCGCACGACCCAUAGGGGGUUUGAUCAUAAUAUGAUGUGCUGGCCCGGAAAUUGAGAAACAUUCAUCCCACGUCUGGCACAAUAAGCGUGUAUGUAUCAUUUUAUCCUUCGUACCUGUGUCAUGCGGUGGGCGUAUGACGGAGUGUGAAAUGGAUUACACUGGACAAUCAGAGCAAACCCCAAUUUAUGGUCUCCUGGCUGAUGGAUUAUGACGAGGAGAUCCGCGCGGCAACCACGGCGCCAGUAUGACGCCACGAGGCUGGUGUUCUCACGUUCUCACGCCCGCUUGUCCAAUCCCGAUCACCGGAAACACAAUGGGCGAGCUUACGACGGUGCACAUAUGCUAUGUCCACGGUUGGAGAGGGGAUCAUACAUCUUUUCAGGCAAGUAUUUGGGCACAUCUGCAAGUUGCUUGAUGCGUUCUAUUGCAACUAUCCGACAGUCGUUCCCGACCGAUCUUCACUCGUACUUGGAGCCAUCGCUCCCAGGAAUCAAUCUGAAUACUCACAUAUACCCAACAUACAAGGCCAAGCGCCCCAUUGCAGAUGCUGUUGCGAAGUUGCUGCGGUGGAUCGAUACUCUCACACCAGGAAAGGUCAUUUUGACUGGACAUUCACUUGGUGGAUACUUGGUAGCAGACGCUGCAGUCAUCAAUGCGAGACAGGCUGAUAGUGUUCAUCCCAUCAUUGGCAUACUUGCAAUGGACGUCCCCUAUCUUGGAGUCCACCCGCAUGUUAUCGUGAGCGGACUAGCGUCACUCUUUGCGGGUGAGAGGCAGCCCGAAGCAGAAGUCAACGACACCACGAAAGUGGACAUUGCACCCCGCCAAUCUGUCGACGAUGUUUCGCUCAAUAACCACCGAUCACCAACUCAUUCACAAAACAAACGUGCCGCAUCGCCUGCAGCAUCCGAGUCAGAAAUUUCUAAAACUUUCAAAUUCUUGAGCCGUCACGCACACGACAAACACCCCUUCAGUGCCGCGUACCAAUGGGUGUCGGAUUAUUUCGAGUUUGGUUCUGCUGUUAUCGACAGAGAGGGCCUAAAUGAGCGUUUCACAGCUCUCACAAAAUGGGGUGGCGAUUGGGUGCAUUUUUACACUCAUACCGUGCCGGAGGGUGACGAGGGUACAAAGUGCUCCAUCACAUCCUCCUUGAAAAGCUUCGAACUUCCACACAUCGGUGGUCUCAAACUGGAAACUCAGCCAUUCCAUCCAGAGCACCAUGCGGGGCCAGCUGCGGAAGGCAGCGCCUUGGAAUUCGAUUUAUUCAAAGCCUCUGCGGCCAAGGCCAAGGCUAAGAUGGAAGCAUUGUCAGCCAAAAAGAACAGGAGCGGACAGACCCAUUUAGAAGUUCCGAGCCCUGAGCGUUGGCCCUCAGAAGAAAGCACUCAAUUCUCCGAUGUGUCACAGCGCUCAACUCCCCCAACCCCAUCCACACGAAGUUCGUCCUCACAGUUAUCUCUGUCGAGACCACCGUCCAUUGCAUUAGACGAGCUUCCUCCCAAGCAACCGCGAAAACAUCUGCAUCGCUUCAUCGUUUUGCCCUUGGCUCUAACACCCCAGUGGCAGUCCGUGCCUAUAGCGGGGGUGGAUAACGAAGUUGCUGCUCACACUGGCAUCUUCUUCCGACACCAGAACCUGGAAUACGACAGUUUUGUUCCGAGAGUGGGCUCGUAUGUAAUACGAUGGCUAACACAACGAAUGUCCUUCGCAAAGUGACGAUCGGAGCGCCAUUGUCAUGAAGCAACUUGUCUGGCAUUUGCUGUGUUGGGAGAUCAUAGGGCAGCAGGACACUCGCAGAUUUCCGUGCACCUUGUCAAUUUGAAUAACUUAAAGAGCUCCAGGUUGCAGUCAAACAGACGCAGUGACACUUGGAACUGUAUAGUUGUAUGAUAUUUGGACCGAUGUAACACGGGAACCAUAGCUUAGGAACCUAGCUGACAGUAAGGUACACAAACUUGGCACUGUCGAAGGGAAUACUGGUGAUAGAUAGACGGCCAUGAAGUACCGUACAUGGAUGGUGAUCGUUAACAAGGUGGUGCUCGCGAAGCGAACCCCAGCGUGACGGUGGAAUGUCGGGCCCGCGUGUGUACCUGGAUGCACCGACACGGACGAGUCGGGUCCAAUAGCAAUACUC